AACUUUUUAUUCCGGCACUAGUUUAACGAGGUUGGAGGUGUGUUGUUGGUGGCCAGUCGCUGUUUGUGUGUCAGUGUGAAUACACGUGCACCGCGCCGUGGCCGCGAUUACAUAGUGAACGAAAUUGUUUGUUGCGGCCGUUCGUGUUUUGUUAUUAUUACCAAAAAAGGAUUUGUCAAAAUCGACAGCGGCCGCGAGGAUGUCAGCGACCAAGUUCCUGCACCCGUUCCUGCGCGGGCUGAAGCCGCUGCCCGAAGGUCACGAGGAUGAGAUCCAGCAGAUUAGGGAAUGGAUGAAGAGUCAGCCGCACCUACCCCACAUAUCUGACGAGUACGUGGUGCUGUUCCUGCACUCCAACUACUAUAAGGUGAAGGAGACGAAGGACACCAUCGAGUGCUACUUCACGCUGCGAGCCAACACUCCCGACCUCUUCACCAAUAGGGAUCCUCUCACUGUCAAGAAUAAGACUAUUAUGGAUAUUACGCACAUGGUAGGUCUUCCCAACAAGACGAGUGAGGGCUAUCACGUCCUGCUCUACCGGCUCUCCGACUUCGACUACAGCAAGCUGAACUUCGCGGAUGCUGUCCGAGUCUUCUGCAUGUUCAAUGACGUCAAGUUGUCUGAGGACCGUCUGUCCGAAGGUUACAUCGUCAUCUUCGAUAUGAAGGGCUGCAGCCUCGGGCACCUGACCAGGGUCACCCUGCCAGCGCUGAGAGCCUUCAUGCAUUACAUCCAGAACGCUCACCCUUGCCGGCUGAAGAAGAUCCACGUUGUCCACACCGUCUCCUUCAUAAACCAGGUCAUGUGCCUGGUCAAGCCCCUCAUCCACUCCAACCUCCUCAACCUCCUGAACUUCUCCUCCGAGGGUCCGGAGUCCGUCGUCGACAAGGACCUCCUUCCAGAAGAUUUCGGAGGACCCCUCCCCCCAGUGAAAUUACUCCAUGAAGAGCAGAGGAAAAAUAUGGAAGAAAAUUACAAAGAAUGGUUGACUGAAACGGAGAUUUUCAAAGCUGAUGAGAAGAAACGGAUUAAGAAGCCGAGUAAAGGUAUGUUUGCUAGCUUCACGAGUAGCUUCAAGAGUUUGGAUAUUGACUGAUGUGGUUACGUCGCGCUAGGGACCUGAAUGUAGCAGCUUCUAGAAAUUUCUUAUUAUCAACUUCAUUUAUUGGAGGCCCUUAUACCACUCUUUAAAGAUCAAGACGUGGAAGAGAGAUGUCGCUCUACUUCGUGUAGAGCUAGCUCUGUCUCGUUUCCACAAUUGUAGAAAUAUUACUUAAAGAAGUGGUGCUAGGGCCCUAGAACUUUAGUUUGUGUUUUCGGGCUAUUUUGGAGCUACGGUAUUAUUACCUGUUUGUCUUAAAACUUGUUUUAGUGAAAGGGAUGAUGCUAUAAAGUCAGGUAGCGCCAUCUCUCUCUUGCAUCGGAAGUAUGAUGGGUUAAAAAUUAAUUUCAUUGUAUUUUCUGGAUUGUAUACACUCAAUGGCUAUGUUAACGAUAUGUUGACGUAUGAUCUUUAUGACGAUAAAAUGUUGAUUUAUUCUUAAUAAAUAAAAAAUACGUAUAUUUUUAGCCUGAUUUAGGCCUUUUUGGUAUAAGACUUUUUCACUUGACUUGUACAGUCUACCGCACGUUAGAGUGAUGACGAAAACAAGACUUAAUACUUUGGUAUGAAGGUGAAUAAUGUUAAAAAUGAUCCUCUAAUGUGCUGUCGACUGUACGUAAUACUCUUAAGGCUAUGCUCCACUUUACCUCAUUAAAAAGGCUUUCCUUGCGGUUUUCAAAACCCUUUAAAAGUAUGAUUGUUAAAAAUCUAUUUUUAAACGUUUUUAAUACAGGUUUUGGAACCCUGUCUAUUUAUAAAAC